CAAAAUCAUGUCCGACCUCGAGUGGGCGCUCGCGAGCUUCUCUGCGCCGUCGGGAUCCGGCCCCGCUGAGCUCGUAAAGGCCGUCAAGGACGCCGACUUCCGCGCGGUCAUCCUCAGCCCCGAGGGCACGGCCACGCUUGCGCGCGUUCCCAACCUGUUGGACGGGCUGCAGGAGGGUGCUACGGACUCGGAUUCAGACGCAACGCUUCCUCCCAGCCUCUCUGACGACGAAUCUUUCCUUCUUCUCGUUGUGGCCGUUGCGCUCCAGCACGCAUUCGUGCAGGCCAACUGGACCGGCCCGAACCUCGACUUCGGCCCUGCCGACGUGAUCCAGGCCGUGCGCGGACAGGCCGGCGACGCCGAGGCCGCCAACACCGCCGCCAAUGCUGGCGCUCUUCCCGCCCUGACGCUGCUCGGCGAACCGGCAUACCACCUCGCCGCACAUCCCGCUCUCUUCCUCCUCUCUGUGCGCGUGCUAGCCUUCUUACAGAAGAGCUCGCUCCAAACCCUUCCGUGGUGGCUCUUGCGCAGCCAUCUCGUCCACCUCGCACUCCUCGAUGAGCCCGUCGCGCUCCCCGAUGAGACUCUCCAGGCGGUGAUCGCACUAGUGGACUCCGCGCCCGAUGCGGACACAGCCGCGGCGAUCCAGCUCGAGCUCGGCCUCCUCCAGUCCCGCCUGGGCCAGGAUCGCGCGGCAAACCAGGCAUUCUUGGCGGCGGCGCGAGCUAGUGGCCUCGAGUUUGAGCUCACUGGUGCGAUGGGCCGUCGCACAAAGUUCCAGACGACGGACCACUCGCAGCUUGUGCUUCUCGCUGAAAGCCGAGCAAGGGAGGGGGAAGAGGCGUCGGCGGCGCCGAAGCAAGUGCCUGAGACGCUGGCGCUUAACGACGACACGCUGCUGGAGGAGACUGAGUUCACCAAGGUGACACAGACGGGCUCGGGCGCGCUCUCCCAUCUCGAUCCAUCGAACCAGCCACCACUGCACCCCCUCGACCAAGCGCUGCUCCUCUCGCUCUGCCUCUCACAGCGGAAUGACUCGCCAACCCACGGCCUCACCAACCAGCAGAUGAUGCCGUUCCUUGCGCGUGUUCUCUCACACCCGCGGAACUGGAGUGUGCACACCACCGCGCUUCUUCUCCGAUCGCGCCUCGAAGCCAACCGCUCGCGAACGGUCGAGAGGUCAACACUCCAGCUCGCUGCGCUCAUCGACCAGAUGCCGACAGCCGACUCGGCCGCGUCCGAGCGCCUCCAGUACUUCCACCAGCUGCCUCUCCCGUCCAAGUGGGAGAUGGAGCGCGAGCUCGCGAAGCGAUACCUGUCGCUUGGCGUGGUGCGGUCUGCGCUUGAAAUCUUCACCCGCUUGGAGAUGUGGGAGGACGCGGCAACGGCCAUGAUGCGUAUGGACAUGGACGACGAGGCUGAGCGCCUCGUUCACGACCUAUUGGAGGGGCGCAAGAUUGAGUCUGACGUUGUCGUACAGCUCGGCAAGAGCAGCCUCUCGGACGCACGGCGCGCAAAGCUCUCCUCCGCCCGCGCCGGCAAGUUGUGGUGCGUUCUCGGAGACUUGGCUCUCAACAACGAGGCCGGUAUCCGGGACCCAGAGGCGGGGCGCGCCGCGGCGAUCGAGAAGUACAACAAGGCGUGGGAGAUCAGUGGCGAAAGCAACUCGCGUUCCCAGCGUUCCCUCGGCGCCCUGUACACUUCCUCAAGGCAAUAUGAGGCUGCCAUUACUGCGUUCCAGAAGGCGCUUGCAAUUAACCCGCUGUACGCGCAGGCGUGGUUCACUCUCGGCGUCUGCUACAUGCGACUCGAGCAGUGGCGGAAUGCGCGAGAUGCCUUCAGGCGCCAGGUCGGCGUCAACCCCGACGACAGUGAAGGGUGGAACAAUUUGGCGGCCGUCUACCUGCGGAUGAACGAGGAGGGCGUGCCGGAGGGUGAGGCUCCUCCGCCAGUCACGUUUGAGACGAAGCAGCUCGCCUGGAACGCGCUCAAGUCGGGCUUGCGCACGAGCUACGACAACUGGCGCAUGUGGCAGAACUACAUGGUCGUCUCGAUCGAUGUGGGCGAACUCGCCGAGGCUGUUCGUGCCAUGACCCGCGUCGUCGAGGUCAUGGGCACCAAGGACCCGCUGCUGGCCAUCAACCCCGAGGUGCUGGACAAGCUUGUUGACGCCAUCUCCAGGGACGCGUGGAACGACGGCAACGGCCCUGCGGACGGCAAGCCGCCCCCCACCUCCAACGAGGGCUGGGGCCUCCUCCCCCUAGUGGAGCGGCUGUUCGAUCAGACCAUCUUCCCCAGGAUCUCGGACGACCCGCGCGUGUGGCGCGCUCAUGCGCGUCUGCUGCGGUGGAAGGAGGACUGGGCAGGCGCGCUGGAAGACUACGUGCGCGCGUAUCGCGCCGAGGUGGUUUCUGACGAGCGGGUGGAGCGCGACCGCGCCCGUUUUGUCGAGGCCGUGCGGGAGGUCGAGGACCUCGUGGCGACAUUCCAGCUGCUGGGUCCCAAGGUGCCCAAGGUCGAGGGCAAGAAGGGCGGCGACUGGCGUUUCCAGGCGCGGGGACUCGUGCGAACGUUCAUGGGGCGGACAAAGGAUGCCUUCGAGGGCGAGCCGGAGUGGGACAGCCUCAAGGAUCUGCUGGACGAGCUCAAGCGCUCUGAUUAGAUUGGCCGAUACUGUACACUACUAGCAUAGAUCACGGAUGCAUGGGUAUCCUAGU